UUGUUACAGAGAAGUGAACAAGUUGUUUGAGGAUGAAGUACAUGUUGACGCUACUGGUGGUGACCGUCACUGUUAUAGGAGCAAUAGACAACAAAACUGCUCCGGUAGAUCCAGUGAUCCUUCCGUGUGGCCCCCACACCAUGAAACUCGGCGAUGUGGUCUUGGUGCAGUCACCAGGUUACCCCGCCCGCCUGACCAACAAGAGCAGUUGUCAACAGAAUAUCGUCUGCCAGUCACCGAGUGCCAAGCUUGGAGUCGCCUGCGAAGUAUUUAACCUGGAAGACUGUGACAAUGAACGACUCAUCAUAUCCUACGACACCACUUCCUCCACACUCUGCGGGAAUGUUAAACCUAACGGCGUCUUCCCCACCAACGCGAUGAAACUCGAAUUCAUAACCAAAGGCGUGAAUGACUCCACUGGGUACAAUUGUUCCAUCACGUGCCUAAGAUAACAAACCAAUGACCAACUACAACAAGUAGUGUGAGAAGCAGCUGCCUCUCUCUUACCUGCACCACGACUACCAGGACCACUAUGAGGAAUUCCUUGGGAUUUGUUCAUCUGAAGGAGUGACAUGCUAGUGUUCCAGGCUUCACUAACCCCCGGACCCGGAAACCUGACCAAA